AUGUGCUUCAUCGGAGGAGACGGGGCAUCUGCAAGCUGGAUUUUGUGGAGGAUGCUGCGGCAAGUGAUACACAGAGGGCUCAAGGCUUCGUUUUACUGGCUGGGCUUAUUCGUUAGCAGGCAUCCCGUUUUCUUCCUCACUGUCCCCGCGGUCCUCACCAUCAUUUUCGGAUCUACAGUGCUCAGCCGAUUCAAGCCGGAGACGGACCUGGAGGUACUGGUCGCCCCGACUCACAGCCUCGCCAAGAUCGAGCGGAGUCUCGCUAACAGCUUGUUUCCCAUCGACCAGUCAAAGCACAAGCUGUAUUCGGAUUUGCACACCCCGGGCAGAUAUGGCAGGCUGAUCCUGCUCGCCAAGUCCGGGGGGAACAUCCUGGAGCUGGCCGACCAGGUCCUGCAGGUCCACAAGCAGGUGUUGGAUUUGCGCGAUGGCCGUGUGGCCUUCAUUGGGCACCAGCUGGGCGGCGUGUCCUUCUCACCCAACACCCGUGACCAGCAGGUCAAGUUUGCUCGUGCUGUCCAGAUCACAUACUACCUCCGAAACCACGGACCCGUGGUGCAGGAUGCUAUUGCAGAGCGCUGGGAGAACGAGUUCUGCGCCCUGGCCAGCCGACUGUCCACAGCCGAGGCCCCCCACGCACCAGACCAGCUCCACAUCCAGUCACUCACAUCCUUCAGCCUAUGGCGGGACUUCCACCAGACAGGCUUGCUGGCCAAGGGGGAGGUGCUGGUUAGCUUGGUGCUGGUGCUCCUGGCUGCCACUAUCUCCAGCUCUAUGCGGGACUGCCUGAGGGGGAAACCAUUCCUGGGACUCCUGGGUGUGCUGACCAUCUGCAUCGCCAACGUGACAGCUGCAGGGAUCUUCUUCAUAUCGGAUGGGAAGUUCAACUCUACACUGCUGGGGAUACCAUUCUUUGCAAUGGGCCAUGGAACCAAAGGGGUGUUUGAGCUGCUGGCGGGCUGGAGGAGAACCAGGGAAAACCUGCCCUUCAAGGAGCGAGUUGCAGACGCUUUUGCUGACGUGAUGGUGUGCUACACUAUGACCAGCUCGCUCUACAUCAUCACUUUUGGCAUGGGAGCAAGCCCUUUUACUAACAUUGAGUCAGUUAAAAUCUUCUGCCAGAGCAUGUGUGUGGCCAUCCUGGUCAACUACUUCUAUGUUUUCUCUUUUUACGGCUCCUGUCUGGUGUUUGCCGGACAGCUUGAGCAGAACCGCUACCACAGUAUCUUCUGCUGUAAAAUCCCCUCAGUGGAGUACCUGGACCGCCAGCCCACAUGGUUUAAAACCAUGAUGAGUGAUGGCCAUGACUUGUCCACGCACCACGAUAGUGUACCAUACCAGAAUCACUUCAUCCAGCACUUCCUGCGAGAGCACUACACAGAAUGGAUUACCAACACCUAUGUCAAACCCUUUGUGGUCAUUUUGUAUCUGAUUUACGCUUCUUUCUCAUUCAUGGGAUGUUUACAAAUCAGUGAUGGAUCAAAUAUUGUGAACCUGUUGGCAAGUAACUCCCCGAGUGUUUCAUACGCUCUGACCCAGCAGAAAUACUUUAGUAACUACAGUCCAGUGAUUGGGUUUUAUAUUUAUGAACCCAUCGAGUACUGGAACUCCACAGUGCAGGAGCACUUGAAGACUUUGAGUCAUGGUUUCAACAAGAUUUCUUGGAUGGACAACUUUUUCCACUACCUGCGGGUAGUGAAUGUGAGUGCAUCAACUAAGACUGACUUCAUCACCAUUCUUAAGGGUUCCUUCCUACGCAGCCCAGAGUACCAGCACUUCACAGAGGACAUCAUAUUUUCCAAGAACCGUGAGACGGACGAAUACGACAUUAUUGCCUCAAGGAUGUACUUGGUAGCGCGGACCACUGAGAAGAAGCGGGAGGAGGUGGUGGAGCUUUUGGAAAAGCUUCGUCCCUUGAUGUUGAUCAACAGCAUCAAAUUCAUUGCCUUCAAUCCAACGUUUGUGUUCAUGGACCGGUACAGCUCCUCUGUCAUCUCCCCCAUUCUGACCUCAGGCUUCAGCGUACUCACCAUCCUCAUCCUCACUUUCUUCCUGGUCAUCAACCCCUUGGGAAACUUUUGGCUCAUCCUCACAGUUACAUCCGUGGAGCUGGGCGUUUUGGGUUUGAUGACUCUCUGGAAUGUCGGCAUGGACAGCAUCUCAAUCCUGUGCCUUAUUUAUACCCUCAACUUUGCCAUGGAUCACUGUGCACCACACCUGUACACUUUUGUGCUGGCCACCGAGCACACUAGGACACAGUGCAUCAAGUUGGCACUGGAGGAGCACGGGGCUGCCAUCCUGCAGAACACAUCCUGCUUUGUGAUUGGGAUCAUGCCCCUAGUGUUUGUGCCUUCCAAUCUGACCUACACACUGUUCAAGUGCUCCCUCCUCACUGCGGGCUGCACUGUGCUGCACUGCUUUGUCAUUUUGCCUGUCUUCCUGACCUUCUUCCCGCCGUCCAAAAAGAGACACAAGAAAAAGAAGCGGGCCAAGCGGAAAGAGCGGGAGAGGGAGAGGGAGCGGGAAAGAGAAAGGGAAAGAGAAAGGGAGGAGAUAGAGUGCAUUGAAGUCAGGGAGAAUCCUGAUCAUGUGACAAACGUCUGA